AUGGCGAAAAUACUUCUCCUCAUCUUUCUCUCACUUUACUUCACUUCAGCGCAACUGGCCAGUGAUUCGGGACUAGCAUUUGAAGUUGUCGCAGCUGAAGCACAAGAUGCUAAAGCAAAUGUUACCGAGAAUGAUCAGGAAGCGGUAAAUGCUACCACCCAUUCUCAUCAUACUCAUGAUGAGGCUGUAAAGGAGCAUGGAAGAAACGAACCAAAAUUACUUAAAGUACGUGCAACUGUUGAGGAGCAAGAACAAAAGCAUCAGAAUGAAACAGCCAAGGAUGAUGCUACAGAACGUCAUCCCAAAGAACUUAAACUACAGAAGGAUACCAAACAGGAAACAACCACCACUGCUGAGCCUGAAACUACAAGAGCUCCAUAA